AUGUCCGGUAUCCCAACUUAUGAUGCUAUCAAGUUCCCCGAGCACAUUCGCACGAUCCUCAUCACUGGUGCUGGAGGGUUUGUCGGCCAGAAGCUCACCCAGCUGCUUCUCAAAUACGCCCCGGACGUCAAGCUGCUCUUGACCGAUGUGGUCCAACCCCCUACUUUCGGCGUGUCCGACGAGUCCAAGCUCAAGGCCGUCAAGGCUGACCUGGGGGAUACGGCCGCUGUGAAGUCUCUCUUCGAGGGGGAGAAGAUCGGGCUCGUAUAUGCCUUACACGGAAUCAUGUCCGGCGGCUCCGAAGCCAACUUCGAACUAGGCUACGCCGUCAAUGUCGACUCCCACCUGAAUGUACUCCGUGCGACCCACGCACACGCUACAGAGACUGGUCAAACAGGAGACAAGAAGCCCGUCUAUGUCUUUGUCUCGAGUCUGGCGAUUUACGGCGGUCCAGGGUGCGGACCGCUGGACCAUGUGGAUCCCCGCAAGACGCCGUUGUACCCCGGGACGAGCUACGGGAUCGAGAAGAACAUCAUGGAGCUCUAUGUCUACGACUAUGGGCGGAAAGGAUACCUCGAUACCCGCUCAGUCCGUCUCCCGACAGUCUGUAUCCGCUCAGGCGCACCUUCCUCCGCCGCCUCAUCCUUCGUCUCUGGCCUCAUCCGCGAACCCCUCCAAAACAUCCGCACGACCCUCCCGAUAGCUUCCUCCCCUUCCGACCCGAACAUCAACAACUACCCCCUGUACUGCACCAAAGUCACGACGGUGCUCCGCAACAUCGCGUAUGCGGGGGUCAUGCCGGAGAGCGCGUUCCCUGCUGGGGAAGGGAGGAGCAUCAAUUUGCCGGGUGUAAGGGUUACACCGGGUCAGAUGCUGGAGGCGCUCAAAAAGUACGGCGGGGACGAAGCCUUCAAACUCGUCGACUAUAAGAUCGACACGGCCGUCCAAGCAAUCUGCAAGACCUGGGCGGGAGACUACGACAGCACCAUAUCCCAAGGCAUGGGAUUCCAGGUGGACGACAAGGACGAAGGGUACAAUGAGGCCGUCGAGGAGUUUAUCGAGCAGGAGCUCGGCGGUCUGAAGAAGUAG